AUGGCCGGCUCACGAAAACCACCACCGCCACCACCGCCACCACCAUCAUCAUCUCCGUCACCUUCCCGGUCACCGGGAGUAUCCCUUCAACCAUCAUCCCCAAGAAAAAACCCUUCAAAAUCAACAAAAAUGUUCCGCCGUGUCCGCUCCGUUUUCCGAUCAUUCCCCAUCAUAACCCCCGCCGCCUGUAAAUUCCCCGUAUCCCUCCACAACCACCAUGACAACCACCACAUCCCCGGAGGAACCCGGAUGACCGGAACCCUAUUCGGCUACCGCAAAACCCGAAUCAAUCUUGCAAUCCAAGAAAACCCUAGGUGUUUGCCGGUGCUUUUACUGGAACUUUCAAUGCCGACGGGGAAACUACUCCAAGAAAUGGGGUUAGGGCUCGUUAGGAUCGCGAUGGAGUGUGAGAAACGAAGCGGGAAGACGAAGCUCGUUGAUGAACCCAUAUGGACCAUGUAUUGUAAUGGUCGGAAAAUGGGUUAUGGUGUGAAAAGAGAACCUACAGAUGAUGACUUGUAUGUUAUGCAGUUGCUUCACGCUAUAUCUAUGGGUGCCGGCGUUCUUCCAACCGCCGGCGACAACAAUACCAGUGAUAAUGCAACCGCCGUUACUGCAACAGCUCCGUCAACUGAUGGAGAAUUAACGUACAUGCGUGCACAUUUUGAGCGAGUGAUCGGAUCAAAAGAUUCAGAGACUUAUUACAUGAUGAAUCCAGAUGGUAGCAGUGGUCCAGAAUUAAGUAUCUUCUUUGUGCGAGUUUGA